ACCAUUAAUGGCCGCAAUCACUGUGAAUCUCCUGCCUGAUGCAAAAGUGGGCUAUCCGUUUACAAUAAAACCGCUCUCCUGUUUCAGAGGUUCAGGGGUAAGUCUCAACAGCACAGCCUCAGCGUUGCUCCUGUGCGUCCUCUAACAUCUCCGCGUCCUCCAGCUGGAGACAGUCGCGGAGCGCACCACGCCAGGAGCGCAUCGGAGCUUCGUCGUCUCAUUUUCGGCUCGAGCUUUUUGCGCAACUCAUUAUGGGAUUGCUGUCGAGAGAUAUGCCUUCUCGAAAUCAGUGAAACAGUUCUGAGGAAUACCUAAAUGUGAAGAUAUAUUGGAGAUAAUUAAGCUCUGAAAAAGUGGCGCACAUUUUCUGACCGGUGCAAUUAAACCCAGCUACAGGUGGGAUGCCAUAAUCAGCUUUAGACAGGGAGAGAUCAUGGAGCCCUGGAUGUUACCAUCGUCCCCUCCUAACGUAUCUGAGCACUUCAUGUAUGACAGCUUCAUGCAGGGGAAUGAGUCCAUUAUCAACGGGAGCUACACAGACCACAGCUUCAACAGGACCAGUACCGUGGUCAUCACCUGUCUGUACUUUCUGGUUUGCGCUGUGGGUCUUUGUGGGAACGCCCUCGUCAUCUACGUUAUUCUGCGCUACGCCAAGAUGAAGACAGUCACCAACAUCUACAUCCUCAACCUGGCAGUGGCAGAUGUGCUUUUUAUGCUCGGUCUGCCAUUCAUCGCUAUCCAGUUGGCACUGGUCCACUGGCCCUUUGGGCCUGUGCUCUGCAGGGUUGUUAUGACUGUCGAUUCCCUGAACCAGUUCACUUCCAUCUUUUGCCUGAUGGUAAUGAGCAUUGACCGCUACUUGGCAGUAGUUCAUCCUAUAAAGUCAACAAAGUGGCGCAAACCGCGUAUUGCCAAGACUAUAAAUUUAGCCGUGUGGGGAGUGUCGCUGCUGGUCAAUCUGCCUAUUGUUAUCUAUAGCGGUGUGAUUACAAAACACAAUGGCUGCUUCUGCACCAUUGUUUGGCCAGAACCUCAAGAGACCUACUACACAGUCUUCAUGUUCUACACCUUCAUUUUGGGCUUCUUCCUUCCUCUCAUGGUCAUCUGCCUCUGCUACCUGCUCAUCAUCAUCAAGGUGAAGUCUUCAGGCAUCCGAGUAGGCUCCUCCAAAAGGAAGCGAUCAGAACGGAAGGUAACCCGUAUGGUUUCCAUUGUUGUGGCGGUAUUCGUUUUCUGCUGGCUGCCUUUCUACGUUUUCAACGUAACCUCAGUGACGGGCAGCAUCAGCACCACCCCCAUUCUAAGGAGCACUUUUGCCUUUGUGGUGGUUCUAGGAUACGCCAACAGCUGUGCCAACCCUAUCCUCUACGCCUUCUUAUCGGAGAACUUCAAGAAGAGUUUCCAGAACGUUCUGUGCCUUAAGAAGGUAGGAGGGCUGGAUGAGGUUGAGCACAGUGACAGUCGGCAGGACAAAUCUCGCAUGAUGAAUGACCCAACAGAGACCCAGAGUACUUUGCUCAAUGGCGACCUGCAGACCAGCAUCUAAGAGGAAGCUGUAAUAGGCUUUACCAACCACCUAAAGGUCUCUCCAGAAAGGCCCCUAUAAUUAGGUUUCCUUAAAUUGAGAAAGAUCAGGCAGCAUAUUAGUUUGAAAUUCUCAUGUUUUUGUUAGGUUUCUCAGAGUGAUAGAAAACCAUGACAAAAAAAUCACAGGUUCAUACAAAUCUCCUCAAUAGGCUGUAAGAUAAAUGUGACUGACACCUCUAAAUACAUUAUGUAGUGGACCUGAGGGAACAUAAACAACAACACCCACUUGCAAAUGGUCCCCUGGGUGAUGUGGAUUUUCCCUGGAGACUUGGGAUUGUAUAUGUUGUUUACAACAGAGGACCUGUGUCAGGUUUCCCAGCGAUGUUUGAAACAGCACAGGGCUGUAAAGGAACAUGCAGUUGUUUGAGCUGCAGGUUAUGGUUAUCUGGGAAGUAAACAUUUCUGUAAAUAAUUAUGCAUAUAAUGGACACAAAGAUUGUAUAAAAAAAACUAUGACUAACAGUUGUCAUGCAGCUCUCAAUUCUAAACUUAGCAGUGUUCAAAUAUAAAAUAUCCAUCUGUAGCAGAAUGUAAUGAGCUUCAGUGCUCUUGUCUCUAUUUUCUUUUGAAAUGUUUUAUUUGUGGGAGCAGUUCACUUGUGAUUCAAUGUACUAAAUGUAAGUCUGUGUAAUAUUUUGUUCCAUGCAUUAUUGAGGCAAUAGCCUAAUAAAGCUGCAGUCCGACAACACACAGCACAGUGUUAAACAAGGAAAUGUUUCUGUGGGAUACUGUUUUGCAUCACUGCUUGUGUAUAAUUAAAUCUAUUACAGUACAGUUUAAUCAUGUAAAUUACGCCUUUUAAAAAAACGUUAGAUUAUGUGACUCUAAAUUAUUCAGCAUGAAUCCUGGGUUGUUUUGUGAGUUUGUUUGCGUUAUGUCAGCGCUUGAAACCUGUCCAGAUAAUGUUUAAUGAAUGAUGAUUGGACUUGUCUUUGCUGUGCACCCAUCUGCCAGAGCCUGCUUGAGCUUCAGAGAUUGCUGUGCAUUGUUUUUUUUUAUGUUUUUUCCACAAAGUUAAAACAAAAAAAGCCUCAUGUUUGUGAAAUACUUUGACUCACUUAAGAAAAAACAGACAUAUUACUUUUUGUGCCAUUUGAGAGGCUGCAACCACUAUCACCCUCAUUGGCACUGGGUGAGUGAGUAAUGUGAAUUUGUGAAGGGCUAGAACACUUAUCCUCAAGAGGCUGUAGUGUUCCUUUAUCAUCACCAUCUCAGUGCUGCUCCACAGCAGUUCACAAAUCACCCUUACAACCUGUCUGACUCAACAGCCAGAUUACUGUCUUUGCAAUGUAGGAUUUCCUGUUUAUACAUUAAAGCAACAGAAAAAGUUGAAAUAACCAUCAAAGAUUGUCACCUCAUACGUAUGGGUUGUGAUGUCAGUACCACACCUAUUUUGCAAUUAUGUGUUGCUAAUAUUGUGAUGAUAUUUGAAUAUAUGUGAAUAAUUUAUUUUCUGGAACACUGAAAAUGCAGUCACAGCCACAUUGCGACAUAAGCAUGACCUACUGUCACCAUUGUCCAAAAAAGUGAGCUGCUGGCUUGCUAGCUAGUAAGCUAAUUAGCAGAGUACACUAGGUGUCUUGAGUGGUGCUGGCAUCUUUAAUUGUAUGUUUUCAACCACCGUAGAGAGCAGAAGAAAUCACAUGAUGCAGUUAAAGUAGUAUACAGAUGCUAAACACUACAUCUAUUAAAGUAAGUCAUAAUGCAUUGUGGCCCGAAGCUAGCAUGGCACAACUAAAAUAAGCUGUUUUCAUUUGAACAUUUCAUUUUAAGUGUUUUAUUUUUCUUAGCCUAAGCAACAAAUUGUAAAUCAUAAUAAAAAUGUGUAAUAAACUCAUACUGUUAAUUAAAGCUGUAAAAAAUGUCAAAGAUUUGUUGUAAAUUACAGGGUAAAAAAUUAGACAUAUUUCAAGUAAGUGAUUGCUUUUUGUUGGCAAACAUGGAACACUUCUAAAAAAAGUCAUUAGGAAUGGAAAAAUUAAAAAUAUUAGCACUAAGUGUAGUCAAAGCUACUUGUGGACCAUACAGGUAAUGACAACGAUACUGGUGCGGUUGAGACACCAGGGCAGUAUUUCGGAGGAAGUGGGCCCUUGGGUUUAAGCUGUUUUUGGUUCCCUAACCACACAACUUUCUUUUACACGUGUAAAUUACAACAUUAGAGAACGGCUACACAGAAGAAGCUUCUUGAAAGUAUGACAUUUUCUAGAAAUGUCUUCAUUCAGUCAGUCAGUCAUUUUCUACCGCUUCUUCCAGUGUUAGUCGUGGGGAAGCUGGUUGUCUUCAUUCAUGCAAACAUAAAAAAGGCCCAAAAUAUUAGUUACUACAGGCCCUUCUCAAAAUA